AUGCUUAUUUUAGCAUAUGCCCAGGGUGAACAACACAGAGGGCUGGAGACAGUAACAGGUUUAGGUGAGAGAAAAGCCCAGGAGGAAGCGGAGGCGCCCCAGCCCCUGGCCCCGACAGCCUCUGCCCGGCCAAGGUCCGCGCAUCCCCGGCGUCCGGCGCGCCAGAAACCACGGAAACGAGACCCAAAGUUUGCGGCGCUUGUCGCCCUUUCCGAGUUCACCGUCCUGCCGCUCGCCCCGUCCUGGACCUGCUCGGAGCCCGAGUCGGGUGGCCGCCCCCCUCCCCGCGCCCUUCGCAGGGCGCCCUGCCCUCCCGGUCGGUCGGCGACCCGCGCGGGGACCUACCUACCUGCCGGUGGCGGCGGUCAGAGCGCGCGGCUGGGCGGCGGCGCGGGCACGGGCGGCGCGGGCCAGGGGGCGCUCGUCACCCCGAGGCCCCGCCGCCGAGCCGGCUGCCCGGACGCCCGCCCCGGAGCCGCGGCCCGCGCACCGCCCGCCCCGCGCCGCUCUCCUCCGGGACCCGCCCCGCGCUGCGCCCCGCGCUUCCGCUCGCAGCGGCUCCGGCCCCGAGACCUGGUCCCAUCCCCGCGCCGGGGAUGCUGA